UUGGAGCGAGUCUGCUGCGUUCACCGACACCGAGUAAACAUCUCUAGGUCUAGUGAUGCAUUAAACAGAAUGCAAGACAAGAAAGCUAAGAGAGUAUCUUUUGCUGACACCAAAAGUAUCAGGGAGUUUUUGUCUGGUGGAGGUGAUGUCUCACAAUGGCACUCGUCCUAUGCUGCCACCGUCUCUACUUCAAGUGAUUCUUCUGAAGCAACAACUGCUGCUUUCGAUGCCAGCAGCGAGUGCGGACACAAUGAGAAGAGCAACAACACAGAGACUUGUGUGGUUGGCAGUCCGCUGGAGCAGGGCUACGAAGAAUACGCAGCUCAAGGAGAGGCAUUCCUGGCACGCUUCUUGCACGAGGGCUCCACGUCGGGCGCUGGGUCUCCGCAUCCAGUCAGUCAUGAUGAACCUGCGGCCUAUGAGUCUUGCCAGCUCACGCAAACUAUCUUGAGAGAUGGGGGGCACAGGAUGACUGAUGUGGAUCUCACUUGUGCUCUUCCUACAUCAAUGGACCUAACUUGUGCUCUUCCUACAUCAAUGGAACUCACUCAAGCCAUUCCUACAUCAAUGGAACUCACUCAAGCCAUUCCUACAUCAAUGGAACUCACUCAAGCCAUUCCUACAUCAAUGGAUCUCACUCAAGCCAUUCCUAGAUCGAUGGAACUUGCUCGCUACCAUGCGCACUGUGGCCCUAGUAAUAUCAUCCAAUGUACAUUGCCUUCGGAAUACAAUAGCACUAGUGAGCCUUCAUGCGAUGUUACAUCAAAGCAAAAAUUAUAUGCCCAUGAUUUAAAUCAUUUACCAAGUGGCAAGUUGAAGAAAAGCACCAUGCCAGAAGAUGGAGAUGAAGGUUUGGAACUUACUGCCCAUAUUACAGGUAACGUGGUCGGGAAGAACAAAAUGCCAGAGCAAUAUGAGAACAAAGAACUCGCUAGCCGUGCCCCACAUCAUUCUUUCCAGACACCUGAGAGAGAAAUGUCCGGGGAAGAUCGCUCUGUUAGUGCAGCACCUGGCAAUACUUUUGAAGAUGUUCCAAAUGCUCCUCCCGAAUUCCAAGAUGACAAGCAAAUGGAGUUGACCUUUGUUAGUAGAAGUGAUUUAAUUUCCUCGAGUCCAUGUGAAUCAGAAGUAAGCAGUAAUAAGCAGCUUACUCACUCAUCCACGCCUUCGAUCCAUGCAUUGAAGAAUGGUGGACUAACUGGAGAACAAGCAGAACCCUUGCCAAGUCGACAAUUUAUAAAGAGCCGCUCUAAACAGAGUCUGACUUUUCCAAAAGAAAAAACUAAGGAUGAAAGUAACGGACGCUUGACGGAAAGUACGCAAAGAAGCUUUUUUUUUGCAUCAAAUUCGGAAGUCAACAGUGAUAUUAUGAAGUCAAGAGUUCACAGAGAAAAUUUUUCCAUUGAAAAUCAGGAUUGUCCUCAUGUUGUGUCGGAUGUUUGUUUCAGUGGAGAAGAGGAAAAGGUGUCUGGAAAGGAGAUGACAUGUUUCUCUCGACCAGAUUUUGGCUCUGUUGCUGGGUCUGUUGAGGCCAUUGGAAGCAACUUGUCAAGAACUGAGCUGUUGCGCGAGGAAACUGCUUUGGGGUUGAAGCCGAGCGCCGAAAAAAUGUCUCUAAAUACUGACACAGAAAACGUUCAUAAAGACAAGAAUAAGUCUCUGAAUGGCGGGAAAAUACUGCAGAAUGAUACGCAAAUUUCUUUAAUGGAAAACUAUCGUGUUGACGUCUCAUGUUCUAGGAAUGAUUCUCAAAUAGAAAUAUUAAACGAAAGUAAGGAUUUCAUCAACAAUGUCACAGCACAACUAGUUGAAUCUGACGACAGUUUCCAAAGCCCCUCUAAACUCCCUGAAACUUCAAAACUUCCUGAAAAUAACUGUCCACCUGAAAAGCCUGGCAAUCUGGUGCCUGAAAGUGAACCUGCUGAAAGGGCUAUAAGUUUCGAGAGUCCAGCAAGUGUUAUGAGCGAUUCUUUGGUUACACCUGAUAAUUUGAUUGGGGCAAAUGGCAGGACAAUUUAUGAAUUGCAUUCGCCUUCAAAUGGAAAGUCUAUUUCCAGAGAACGUCAAAUUGUUCCUACUCAGGAUGAUGAGAAUCCAGUGGCAGAAAAAGAAAUUUUCUUGCAUAGUGAUUGUGUUAACACCAUUACUACAGAAGAAACUAACACAAAAGUGUCUUCCGCUGUUAAAAGUGCAUUUAAAGCUGGUAAUGAGUUACAGACUCAAAUCGACAAACAAGCAAACUAUGUAGCAUCGUCUGUGCCGAAAUCACAGCAAACUGAAGCCCGCAAGGCUUUGUCGUCCAUUUCUUCCAACGUGGAUUUUAAUCCUAAUAAAUCCAGUUCCAAAAUCCCUACGGAGUACUCAGGAAGUACUAGAAAUUUUGAUAGAACUGAAAUAGCCUCGAAAGAGAACCAAGAGGCAACUGCUGAUGCUGCGUGUAACGUGAAAAAGAAUCCCUCUGGAAAAACCACGGAGAAAAGUAACAAGGAAAAGCGCGAGAAGCCUACAUCAAUUCCUGCUGGCUGCUCGAGCUGUCGAGAAGAAACCAUCGUGAUCCGUCAUCGGUCGGUGACGCUGACCCUGCAGCAGGCACCGCAGGAGGCGCUGCUGGUGUGCCGCUUUGCCCCGGCGCUGCGCGUGCGGCUGACACUGCAGCGUGGCACCGACGGCCACGCCACCGUCACCGUGGCGCAGUGUCUCACCCAAGUGGCAGAAGUGAAGCACCGCCUGGCACGUCUGGCGGUCGAGGUGCACUUGGAUGAGCUGCGUCAGUGCUGCGGCGACCUGCAGGGGAGGAGGCUGUGCGACUUGGCCGCUGCGCUGCCGCCGUUCUGCUGCAGCAUCACCGCCAUCAAGGACCUCAUCGCUGAGCUGGUGGCGCUGUCGGCGCAGUGCGUCAUCACGCCUCAGGACAACACGAGAAGUGAAGACUUCGAAGAGGCGAUCAAGUUGGUGGACGAAGGCCCCGCCUUGCUGACACGCUUUGUAGCCGCCGCUGAGAAGUGCAUUAAUUCUUAA